CGAAGCGAGGGCUGGGGGGGUGGGGCGGCCGAGGGGGAGCCCGCGCCGCGCCCGCCGCCGCCAAGGGAGCGUUCCGGGCCGACGUCAGGGGACGCGUCGGGAUAAAUAGGGUCCCGCAAUGGCCGAGGCCGGCUGCGCUCGGAGCUGCCGGGUCCGCGACUGGAGCUGCCCGGGCGGGUCCGCGCCCCGCAGGCUGAGGGCUGGCGCUGCUCGCGCUCGGUGCGCCGGACGCCGGAGACCCCCGGCCGGCCCCCGCGGGCCCCGCACCGCUGCCGCCGGCCGCGCGGGCCCAGAGCCACUUCCGCGCCCCCAAAGGACGUCCUCCCCGGGGAAGGGAGGACGAGGCACUAGGCGGGCAGCAAGCCGGGGGCCCCUUCUGCCCGUCGGGGCGGCGGCGCGCCCGGGCAGGGCCAUGCUGCUCUCCGUGCUGGCGGCGCUGUGCCUGGGGCUGCGCCUGGCGCUCGGCGUGCGCGGCGCGCCCUGCGAGGCGGUGCGCAUCCCCAUGUGCCGGCACAUGCCCUGGAACAUCACGCGGAUGCCCAACCACCUGCACCACAGCACGCAGGAGAACGCCAUCCUGGCCAUCGAGCAGUACGAGGAGCUGGUGGACGUGAACUGCAGCUCGGUGCUGCGCUUCUUCCUCUGCGCCAUGUACGCGCCCAUCUGCACGCUGGAGUUCCUGCACGACCCCAUCAAGCCGUGCAAGUCGGUGUGCCAGCGCGCGCGCGACGACUGCGAGCCCCUCAUGAAGAUGUACAACCACAGCUGGCCCGAGAGCCUGGCCUGCGACGAGCUGCCCGUCUACGACCGCGGCGUGUGCAUCUCGCCGGAGGCCAUCGUCACCGACCUCCCCGACGACGUGAAGUGGAUAGACAUCACGCCAGACAUGAUGGUUCAGGAAAGGCCUCUUGAUGUUGACUGUAAACGCCUAAGCCCCGACCGUUGCAAAUGCAAAAAGGUGAAGCCCACUCUGGCGACAUAUCUGAGCAAAAACUACAGCUAUGUCAUCCAUGCCAAAAUAAAGGCGGUGCAGAGGAGCGGUUGUAACGAAGUAACCACCGUGGUAGACGUGAAAGAGAUCUUCAAGUCCUCGUCCCCCAUCCCUCGAACGCAGGUCCCGCUCAUCACAAAUUCUUCCUGCCAGUGUCCUCACAUCCUGCCCCACCAAGACGUCCUCAUCAUGUGUUACGAGUGGCGGUCCAGGAUGAUGCUUCUUGAGAACUGUUUAGUUGAAAAAUGGAGAGACCAACUCAGUAAAAGAUCCAUUCAGUGGGAAGAGAGGCUGCAGGAACAGCGGAGGACCGUUCAGGACAAGAAGCGAGCCGCGGGGCGCACCAGUCGUAGCAACACCCCGAAGCCAAAGGGCAAGCCGCCUGCUCCCAAACCAGCCAGCCCCAAGAAGACCAUUAAAGCCAGGAGCGCCCAAAAGAGAACAAACCCCAAAAAAGCGUGAGCCAGCUGCUUUCCAGAACGGAGACUGUCUCUCAGGAUGAGGCCAGGCACUGCCCAGCCAGCCUGGGGAAGGCCCCGCUCCCCCUGCCUUAACAACUGCAAUACUCGUAGACACACUUUGCGGCAUUUUUCUUAAUGAUCUGCUUCCAUUUUUCUUUUUAAGCCACCACAAGCCGUAGUGGUAGGUAUGUCAUUUGGCGUGGAAGGUACAGGAAAGCUGAAAGCCGGUGGACAAAGCUGCUCGCGGCAUUCAGAGUAGCCUUCGUGCUGCCUCCAGGAGAGCUCAGUGUGGGGGAAAGAUGCUUUGGUGCUUACCAUUUGACCUAAUAUGUGCAUCGUACAAUAAAUGCCAUAUUACAAGCCAAACACCCUUUUUUUUUUUACAAUAUGUUUUAUUUCAGUUUGACUUGUGUCAUUAGAAGGUUCGUGAUGUUGUAAGAGGUGAUUGAAAAUACGAUUCUAAGGAGGAAAGCAGGAGGAAUGAAUGUCUAAAAUAUCUUUAUGUGUUUGCUGUUUGCGGAAGAAUCUCUGUGAUGAAAGGGAAUUUUCAAACAAUCUAGAAAAGCAGGAUAUGGAAAAUUGUAAUGAUUUUUUUUUUUUUUACAAAGAGCCCUUUCAGCUCAUUUUUAGCUAGAAACUCUAGAAACUAAAAUAAUAAUGAUGAUAACUAAGUCAAUCAAAGGGAAAGGCAGACACACCACAUCUGAAUCCUUGUUUCCUGGCUACCACGCCGUGGGUAGAAAGGCUCUUAACUCACAUUCGUGAUGCUUCUCCUUGGUAAUCGUUAUGCAGCACCAGCAACCGAGCUCGCGUCUCCUAUUGUGACUUAGGCACCAGUGACUGAACCCCCAAGAAUUUUACACCCGUGGAUGUUGUGCUUAUCUCAUUUCCCGGGACAUCCUAGGUAUCUUGAUGCCAAGUCUGAGAGAAUUUUCUCUGCGCACAGCUAGUGCUUAAGAAGGUGCUGUGGGCCCAAUGCUGGUGGGGGGCAGGACUCCAAAGUCCCUGGUUCUCAGCUGGCACCCCCGGUGGUACCCCUGCCACACACCAGCUCUGCGCUCGAAAAGGCAACUACGGUCGCCUCUCUGUUCAAGGAGGUAGAGGAACGCUCUGAAAGCUGAAGUAUAAAAUCUCCUUUAGCCUUACCAAUGUCCCUGCUUCUCAGGGAAGGCGUGAUGUGACCUGUCGUGCUCACAUGAGGUCAUUAGCCACAUAAUCUACUUCGAUCUCUGUAGCCACUGGGACACAGAAGUGAGGUGUGUGGGUAAGCCCCGGGGAAAGUGGGGAAAUGGGGUUAAUAAGGAGGCGGGCAUGGGCUCCCCUCUCCUGUGUCACCACCGCAGGGCAGUGGAGUUAAAGAAGUCCAGUGGAUGGACCCACACAAGGAUACCCAUAAAAUACUUGGUGUUUCUGCUCCAUUAGAGGCCAAAGUUCGCUGGCCCUUAAGGAAAGCCGGAGAGGGGUUUGGCAUCGUGCCCACACCAAGGAAACCUACCUAAGUCCAUUAAAAGGCAUUGGCAGCCUAGCCCGCCUCCUCAGCA